AUGUGGUUUAAACGAGUACUCAUUGUUGCUGUAUUUAUUUUCCAAGUAACAUCUUCAGAAGAUGCUACACCGACACCUCCUGGAGUUAUUCCUCUAGAAAAAGAGUUCAGUGUAUCGGAUCUAAGCUCUUCAGCAAGCUCUUUAGCAAGCGCUUCAUCAUCAGCGACCGCAACUGCUGUGUCUAACAGUACUGAUGGUAAUUCAACUACAACACCAGCAUCCAAUUUGACGGAUACUACUGGAGGAUUAAUGAAUGGAACAACUACAGCAGAUAAUUCAACAGUGCCAGCAAAUGGAACCAUUGAUAACUCGACAGUAUCAUCAAUAGAUCCGGCUGAUAGCAGUACAACAUUAUCCGAUGCACCAGAUACAAAUGUAACUUCUUUGGAUGCGACUAGUGACAACACAACAUCACCCGCGAAUCCGACUUGUAACAAGACAGCAUUACCCGCGAACGCAACUAAUGACAAUUCAACGUUAACAGGUGUAGGGUCAGACGGAAACUCAACUGCUCUAAAUUCUACAGAAUUAGCUCUUCCUGGAGGAAACUCCACAGCAGACAAUUCGACUCUUGCUAGCAAUUGUACAGAUGGAACAACUCCUGGUGGUAAUUCUACUGAAGAUGCAACGACACUUGCUACCAAUUUAGCAGAAGGAAUAACAAGUCCUGAUGGUAAUUCGACAGAAAAUGUAGACGGUACAAGUCCUAACUUGCCUGAUAAUUCUACUUUAGAUGGUACAACCCUCGAUAAAAAUUCAACAGCAGACAAUUCAACUCUUGUUGGCAAUUCGACUGGUGGAACAACUCCUAGUGAUAAUUCUACAGAUGCAACAACGAUGCCUGGUGGUAAUUCAACGGAAUUAACUCCAAGUCUUAAUUCUACAGAUGGUACAAUGCAACCUGGUCUAAAUUCGACAAAUGGAACAACUCCUUGUGAUAAUUCUACAGAUGCAACAACGAUGCCUGGUGGUAAUUCAACGGAAUUAACUCCAAGUCUUAAUUCUACAGAUGAAAAUACAACUGCAGAAGAAGAAAACCUUGCUGAUAACUCAACAAGCACAACUCUUUCUACUAAUUCAACAGAAGAACAGAAAACUCCCCAAGAUAAUUCAACUGCUACUCCAACACCCGAAAGUAUGACUCCUGGUUUGAAUUCAACAAUUGAUCCUACAGCUAUCACUGCUGGCGAAAUAGUAGAACCUACAUCUUCUGAGGACAAAUUGAAAGCAAAUCUAACUGCUGUUAGUGAUUCUACAGAAAAAGCAGCUUCUAAUUCUACGACAGAAGGUACAACUGCUGAUGGCAAACCCACAGAAAAGCCUUCUGAAUCCAAAGUAGACGGUACAACUGACAGUACUGGUUCUACAAAAGAAGACUCAACUUCUGAGUCACUUUUAGACACCGCAACUCCAGCUGAUAAUUCAACUUCCAGCGCUGAUUCUGAAAAAGGACCGACUACUCUUCUUCCUGAGAUAACUUCUGAAUCUCCAAUAGAAAAUACAAUUGAAGACACUAAUUCUACAGACGAAGCCACUACUGCUAGUAAUGAUUUAGCUUCCAAUGCCACGGCGGAAAGUACUGCUAAUUCAACAGCCGCUUCAUCAGCAAAAACUACAGAUAAAUCAGCAGAAGAUACAACUUCUGAACCAACAGCGAACGUAACUGCUCCUAGUUUAACCGAAGCAAAAACUAGCCCUUCAGCUGAUUCUGGAAUUGAUGAAGUUACUCUGACGGCUGACUCAAUAGUAGAACAUAAAACUUCAAAAUCCCAUGCAACAGUAAUACCUACAACUCCUUCUGAUCAUUCUACAGCAGAAGAUACCGAUUCUACUGCCAUUGAAAAAAAAACUAAAGAAUCAAUAUACAAAGCAAUAAAUGACAGAUUGUUAAACCAUAUGUCCGCAUUUAAAUUUGAUUUCUAUCAAACAGCCGCCGAUAAACAAGCUGCUUUGAGUCUCUCUAAAAAUGAAACCGAUUCUCUCGCUGAUAACUCCACAGCAUCAAAUUCUACUGACACUAACAACUCAACACUUUCUAAUAAUUCUACUGCUGAAAGCUCAACUUUGGAAGCUGACAGUUCAACCGCAGGACCAGAUCUCAGUUCAGCUACAGCUGUUUCUAACACAACUGCCGACUCAAAUUCAACUGCGACCUCAGAAGGCUCUGAUUCUUCAGCUACGACAGGAGCUUUAAGUUCAACUGCUUCACCAGAUGAAAGUUCUACUGGAGCUAGCUCGGGAGAUUUGACUGGAUCAACCAAAUCAGCUUCUGAUGCCGAUAAUUCAACAGCUUCUAAUUCUAACGCUGAUGCAACUUCUGCCGCGGCCGCAACCGCAAGCAGUAACUCCUCUUCCAAUACAACCCAAGAUGAAUCGACCUCUUUUGAAAAGUCAACGGAUCUUGCAACUGAAAUGGAAGCUCAUCCAACAACUUUGGCUGCUAAUUCAUCGCCCCAGAGCUCUGAUCAUUCACUCCAGUAUAAAUAUGUCGUCGUUGAUCCAAAAACUAAAAUACCUUGCGUGCUUAUGAGUGCUGUAAUGAAUUUGGAUGUUCAUUAUGAAAUGGCUAAUCAUACCAUGGCUAAUGGAAGUAUGACUAUUCCACCGACAGCACAAGUUGAAGGUACUUGUAGUUACACCGAUGCAAUGAUGAUAUUGAAGUGGAAAAACGAAAAACUUUCGAAAUCUAAACGAGAUGUGGAUAGCGAUGAAACUGGCAUGAACUCUGUUGUUUUUAAUUUCGUCAGCAAAGACAGCAAAGCUUAUCUCGACAAUAUUGAAGCAAAUAUUUACCUUGAUAACGCGACUUUCCCUUAUGCGCUGAAGGCGACCUUGAAGGAAAAAUCAAUCGAACGUUUAAGUCUUUUUGAAGCGAACAUUUCAACAGAAUACUUAAUUUGUGAUGAACGUACGGAUGUCCAUACUCCUAACAUUACUCUGUCAAUGAAAAAUGUUGCGCUGAUAGCAUUUAAUACCAAAGAAGACUUAGCUCUGAGAAAAGCUCACGUUUGUGGAAAUGAAGUUACUGUAAACGUAGGAGCUAUCAUUGGAGGAUUGACAGCGGCUAUUGUGAUAAUUUGCGUUAUUUUAUACUUUAUAUCGAAGAAAAGUAAAAGAACUAGCGCAAAUCUGCCAUGA